AUGGCGGCACCCACCCACAACCGCCAUUCUCAUCGAUUCCAUCGAUUCCAUCGCCUCGCCUUGCCUCGCCUCGCCUCGCCCCGUCCUCGCCGCCUCUACUCCUGCCGCCGAGUGCCGCGGCGCGACUCGGCAUUGACGCCGUGCAGGGAACAAUGUGGCAUUGCAUGGGCAGACCGUGGCAGCAGCCAGCUCCUCGGCUCGCCAUCGGCCGACCCACCCUUCCAUUUAUUGACCCAGUUGCUCAUGGAUCUUGAAAUAGCCAUGCAAAGAUCCCAUGUCGAGCCCGUGAGCCCGAUUCCGGCGAAUCGAGAGGGACCCCCAGCGUCCGUCCCUUUGCGAGUGCUAGUCGCCACCCGAGUCGCUUCCCGAAAGUCCCUCGGCCGGACACCAAACCCCCUCCCGUCGUCGCCGUCUGCCAUUGCUGAGAGAGUCGCCCGCGACGGUCGACACCCUCCUGCCGCUCCCCCCUCCCUCUCGAGAGCAGGGAAGGGCGGAGGCGGAGAUAUUCGGCCUGCUGCCUCGCCACCCUUCGUCCGCCCGGACUCGGGGCUGCCAGUCUGA